GUUGACAGCCGGCAACUUCAAUAACGCUAUGUGCAAAGCGAGUAAAUGCACGAUCGUUGAAGUGGAGGAGAUAGUUGAAACAGGCGCUAUCGAACCAAAUGACGUACACAUCCCAUCUAUCUAUUGUGAUCGCAUCGUCCUCGGCAAAAGCUAUAAAAAACCGAUUGAACGUUUGAGACUGGCAUCGGACGGGGAAGCGGAUCUUUCCCUAUCUCCUGCCAGCAGAACACGAGAAAUAAUAGCUGCGCGUGUUGCUCUCGAGUUCCGUGAUGGAAUGUAUGUGAAUCUUGGAAUAGGAAUUCCAACCCUGGCCGCUAAUUAUAUACCCGAUGGCGUAAAUGUUCACCUCCACGGCGAAAAUGGAGUCAUUGGAAUGGGUCCAUAUCCUCAAAAAGGCGAGGAAGAUCCAGAUCUCAUUAAUGCAUCAAAAGAGACGAUCACGCUAUUAAAAGGUGCAUCUAUCUUUGGAAGCGAAGAGUCAUUUGCUAUGGUUCGAGGAUCUCACAUGGAUAUUACAAUUCUCGGUGCACUUCAAGUUUCUCAAUUCGGAGAUAUCGCCAACUGGAUGAUACCUGGCAAGUUGUUGAAGGGGAUGGGUGGAGCCAUGGACUUGGUCUCUGCUCCUGGAGCCCGGGUUAUUGUAUCUAUGGAACAUUGUUCUAAGAAUGGUGAAUCAAAAAUUGUGCCUCAAUGUGAUUUGCCCCUGACUGGAAAACAGGUUGUAUCACGGAUUAUCACGGAUAAGGCAGUCUUUGACGUUCACAAACAGGAAGGAUUGACUCUGGUCGAAAUCAGAUCCGAUCUUUUGGUCGAGGACAUCGAGAAAGCUACAGCGGCGCCUUUCAAGGCAGUCUUUGACGUUCACAAACAGGAAGGAUUGACUCUGGUCGAAAUCAGAUCCGAUCUUUUGGUCGAGGACAUCGAGAAAGCUACAGCAGCGCCUUUCAAGGUGAAGAAAACUAGUAGAACUUAA